ACUCACCUUUCCCGCUCAGACCCCAUAUUUUGGGGUCCCUGAGAUAGAGAGAGGGAGAGAAAAUCUGGAAAAACGUAACAACCGAAAAAUCUUGUAAUUCCGAUUUCCUCUCAAAACCAGCCAAUAAUCUCCUCCAGAAUCCCCCAUGCAAAUCCUGGCCUACCUCCAUCCGCCACGGCUGGACCUCCUGAACGGAUGGAGCUCCAUCUCCUGAACGGAGACAAACCCGUAUAGUUCUUUCCACGAGGUGCGUUCUAUAUCGAUCUGUUAGUGGUUGAUCCCACAAUAUUUUUCUGUUAGUAUCGAGCACUUCGAGAUGGUGGUGGGGUGGAGAAGUAUGCACAAGGAAACUGGGUCUAGUGUUGGGUCUUGUUAUUAGGUGGGUUUUGAUGGGGAGCCGUUGCUCGUUAAGAGGACUGCAGAAGAUGGAUUACCGUUGGGUUUGAAGGGGUUUGGAGCUGAUCUCAGUAGAAAGAUGUUGGGCGAAGGUCGGAGGCAUCGGUGAUCGGUGGUAAUGGUUCAUUAUUCGGUCUGGCCUGUCACAUUGUUAGCGGCUGAUUUUGGAGCUCGAGGGGACUGUAUUCACUUUUCUCCUCCUCCUUCGGAGAAUUCACCUUCCUUUGACAGACUGGCUAUGAUCAGUGUUGUUUAAAAUAGUCAACGCUUCUGAGAUGCUGCUGCCCCUAUUAUGCGGGUCAACUCUGUUCCUAAGAUCUUAAGAGCGUAAUGGAAGAGCUCCAUCUCUCCUCCACUGCCUCCUCCGAUUAUUGAAGAAGUGCUGUAAUCACGAGUACGAUGGCCCCUUCUUUGAUCCUCUUGUUGAUCCUGUUCCUGAUUCUGAGACCUCCUUUAUGCCGUGCAAUCAACUUCUUGGGUAGCGACCAGCUAAGUUACUCUCAUGACGAACAUAUCUACGCGAAAGUAAAUUCUCUUACAUCAAGAGCUACUCUACUUCCUCGAGACUACUACAGCCUCCCUUUCUGUAAACCCGAUAGUGGGUUGAUCGCCAAGAGCAAUAAAAUGAACUUGGGCCAACAUUUGCUAGGUGAAAAGAUUCAAAGCUCUCCUUAUCGCUUUCGUAUCAACACCAAUGAAUCCCUCUACCUCUGCACCUUGACAAAGUUAACGAAACAAUCUGUAGAGCCGUGGACAAAAAAAACUGACAAAUUCUAUCAUGCAAAUGUGGUUCUUGAUGAUCUGCCUGUUUUGAGGUCUCCUGGGCAAAAUUGGAUGCAGCUCCAAAGUAUAGGGUAUCCCGUUGCAUAUCAUGGAUUUCCCUUUUAUGUUUACUAUGUCAUUAAUCAUCUCAAGUUCAGGGUUUUUGUUCAUGAGACCAGAAUUAGAGACCAACCAUACUAUGAGAUUGUAAGGUUUGAGGUUUCUCCCUGUAGCAUUAAACGAGACUCUGAUGCAAUGUCGAAACUCAAUAUGUAUGAUAAAGUACCAUCAACAGACUGUGUGUUACCAAGGGAUGAUCGCCAAGAGAUUAAAGAGGAUGAGAUUAUAGCGUUCACAUAUGAAGUUGAGUUCAUCACGAGUAACAUAACUUCAGAAUCUCAGUGGGAAGCAUAUGUCGAGAAAACAAGUGUGGAUCACUAUCUGUCUUCGGCAAUAAACUCGAUAAUUACCAUCAUACUACCUUUCAUCGUUGCACGCUUUAAGAGUUGGAGGAAUAAGGCGAAGGUUAGAGAGGAGGAGGGUGUAUCGAGAUCGAAACUUUUUCUUGAAGUUGGAUUCAGAAAGUCGAGAUGCUCAAAGAUUUUAAGCAUAGCAGUUGGAAAUGGAAUUCAUAUUGCAGGAAUGGCUAUCUUAGCUCUCUUCUUUGCAGCCCCAGGCUUAAUAUUACCAAGUUCUUCAGGCGUCUUUUUAACCAUCGCGAUAGUCCUUUACGUACUGUUUGGGAUUCUUGGUGGUUAUAUUACUGUUUGGAUGUGGAGUCAUAUAAAGGGAAAAUCAAAAGGAUGGGUAUCCGUAUGUUGGGCAACUUCUUGUUUCUUCUUCUCCAUUCUUUUCGCUGUCUUCUCAGUUACGAACAUCAUAUACUAUGUGAACACAAGCACUGCUGCCGUAUCAUUCUCUGUGUAUUGCACCCUUCUCGCUCUCUGGCUUUUCAUUUCGGUGCCAUUAACUUUUCUCGGAGGUUUGACAUCAACAAGAUCCAUCUCAAAUGAACUUCGUACUGAGCACAAAAGACGGACACCUGUUAGUCUAUUUGGUACAAUGACUGUUAUAUUGUUAUCUGGCUUUAUUACCCAUGGAAGCAUUAGCACCGAGCUAGCAAAUAUUUUCUAUUGCACUUGGGGUGGGAGAUCCUAUUGUGAUCUUCAACACACUUUGGUCAUUACCCAAUUUAUAGUUAUAGCUUGUGUUUCAGUAUCGGGAUGGGAAGGUUACAUGUGCAUUAUUGCUGAUGAUUGGAACUGCAUGGGGAUGGAAAGCAUUCUUUGCUUCAGGCUCUAGUGGCUUAUACGUGUUCAUUUACUCGGUAAAAUACCUAGUGUUUGAUCUAAGAGGACUAACUGAGACUGCAUCAGUUGUAAUCUAUAUUGGAUACUCGAUCCUUAUGGCUCUUGCAGUUGUAUUGUCCACAGGAGCGAUUGGAUUCCUUGGUGCGUUGGGAGUUCUACGUUGUCUCGCCGUUUUGAAGAAAUUGUAAGGAGUUAUCAUAGACUGAGAUUUCUCUAUAUUUGAACCUACUUAUUUAGUAGGUAUGGUUUUGAUCUCUGUAUGGCUAUAAAAGA